GGAUGAUGAGGUGCGUAAAGAGAGGCGCCAACGCACCGCACCGGGCUGAAGGAGCUAAUGACCAGACCAGACAGACCCAGUCCAGUCCACGCAGCGUCUCCAGGGCUGCAGAGACAUGAAGAGCCGCGGUGUUUGGAGGAGUAAAGCCUCACCUGCAGACGUCUGAGCACAGUGGCAGCAUGGCGGGGGGUCGGAGGGGACUUGUGGCCCCUCAAAAUACUUUUUUGGAGAAUAUAGUCCGACGGUCCAACGACACUAACUUUGUGCUGGGAAACGCUCAGAUCGUGGACUGGCCCAUCGUCUACAGCAACGAUGGCUUCUGCAAACUCUCAGGCUACCACCGGGCGGAGGUCAUGCAAAAGAGCAGCACCUGCAGCUUCAUGUACGGCGAGCUCACCGACAAGGACACUACGGAGAAAGUACGGCUGGCGUUCGAGAAUUAUGAGAUGAACUCCUUUGAAAUACUCAUGUACAAGAAGAACAGGACGCCUGUGUGGUUUUUUGUGAAGAUAGCGCCCAUCCGAAACGAACAGGAGAAAGUGGUUUUGUUUCUCUGCACUUUCAGUGAUAUUACAGCCUUCAAACAGCCCAUUGAGGACGACUCUUCUAAAGGUUGGGGGAAGUUUGCUCGUCUAACUCGGGCCCUCACCAGCAGCCGUGGCGUUCUCCAGCAGCUCCAGCCCACCGUUCACAAGGGGGAGAACGUCCACAAGCACUCGCGCUUAGCUGAGGUCCUCCAGCUGGGCUCCGAUAUCCUACCUCAGUACAAGCAAGAGACCCCCAAGACCCCUCCACACAUCAUCCUGCACUACUGUCUAUUUAAAACCACAUGGGAUUGGGUGAUUCUCAUUCUAACUUUCUACACGGCCAUCAUGGUUCCCUACAACGUUUCCUUCAAGACCAAGCAGAACAACGUGACGUGGCUGGUGGUGGACAGUAUCGUGGAUGUGAUUUUCCUGGUGGACAUCGUGUUGAAUUUCCACACGACCUUUGUGGGGCCGGCGGGGGAGGUGAUAUCUGACCCCAAGCUGAUCCGCAUGAACUAUCUGAAGACCUGGUUUGUCAUAGACCUGCUGUCCUGCCUGCCCUACGACGUCAUCAACGCAUUUGAGAACGUGGACGAGGUGAGUGAGAACAGGUGGAAGCCUGGGAGAGUUGGGAUGGCAGAUAAAAUCCCGCCGCCCCGCUCAGGCCAAAACUCGAUGUUAUAUUUUGUGUUUUUCCAGGGCAUCAGCAGCCUGUUCAGCUCUCUCAAGGUGGUCCGGCUUCUGCGUUUGGGCCGGGUCGCUCGUAAACUGGACCAUUACAUCGAGUACGGGGCGGCGGUGCUGGUUCUGCUGGUGUGCGUCUUUGGACUCGCUGCUCACUGGCUCGCGUGUAUUUGGUACAGCAUUGGCGACUAUGAGAUCAUCGACGAGGAGACUAACAUCGUUCGAAUGGACAGCUGGCUGUAUAUCCUGGCAGAGACACUGGGCACGCCGUAUCGCUUCAACACCAGCGGCUCGGGCAAGUGGGAGGGCGGCCCCAACAAGGACUCGGUCUACAUCACGUCCCUGUACUUCACCAUGACCAGUUUGACCUCCAUCGGCUUUGGGAACAUCGCACCCACCACAGACGGGGAGAAGAUCUUCGCCGUGGCCAUGAUGAUGAUCGGAUCUCUUCUCUACGCCACCAUCUUCGGUAACGUGACCACCAUUUUCCAGCAGAUGUACGCCAACACCAACAGGUACCACGAGAUGCUGAACAGUGUGCGGGACUUUCUUAAACUCUACCAGGUCCCCAAAGGCCUGAGCGAGCGUGUCAUGGACUACAUCGCCUCCACCUGGUCCAUGUCUCGGGGCAUAGACACAGAAAAGGUCUUACAGAUUUGUCCUAAAGAUAUGCGAGCGGACAUCUGCGUACACCUGAACCGCAAGGUGUUCAAGGAGCACCCGGCGUUCCGACUGGCCAGUGACGGCUGCCUGCGAGCGCUGGCCAUGGAAUUCCAAACCAUCCACUGUGCUCCGGGGGAUCUGAUCUACCACGCAGGGGAGAGCGUGGACAGCCUCUGCUUUGUGGUGUCGGGGUCACUAGAGGUCAUCCAGGACGACGAGGUGGUGGCCAUCUUAGGUAAAGGCGACGUGUUUGGGGAUGUUUUCUGGAAGGAGGUGACGCUAGCUCAGUCGUGCGCUAACGUCCGCGCGCUAACCUACUGCGACCUCCACGUCAUCAAGCGGGACGCCCUGCAGAAGGUGCUGGAGUUCUACACCGCCUUCGCCAACCACUUCUCCAGGAAUCUGCUGCUGACCUACAAUCUCCGAAAGAGGAUCGUCUUCAGAAAAAUCAGCGACGUGAAGCGAGAAGAGGAAGAGCGACAGAAACGUAAGAACGAAGCCCCUCUGAACUUACCCCCCGACCACCCCGUCCGUAAACUCUUCCAACGCUUCCGGCAGCAGAAGGAGGCGCGGCUUCACGUCGACAAACCCGACGUCGACGAACACGACCUGGAGAAGGGCCAGAUGUACGUGGACACGCCCCCUCCCAAGCCCGCCAUCGCCACCACCAGCAUCGUCACCGUCACCGAAAGCCCCGCCACUCCCUCCUCGUCCACGCCGCAGUCAGGAACCCCGCCCAAUUGUAACGCCAACGACAAAACCACGCUGCAAGUCCCGCCUCCCGUACCUUUCAUCACUUGCCGCGUCGCCGAACCGCCAAAGGUCAAAGGCUGGGGCCGCUUUAAGGAAUCCAUGGCCAAAGCGGACAACUGGAAUAAAGUAUCGAAGGCGGAAUCUAUGGAGACGUUACCGGAUCGGACGAAGGCGCACGAAACGCAAGUGACUUUGAAAAAAACGGACUCGUGCGACAGCGGAAUCACCAAAAGCGACCUGCGUUUGGACAAAGCAGGAGAUUUAAGGUUGACCCCUCAGGACCGCAGCCCCGUCCAACCCGACAACAGACACGUGUUUUACCCCAUUCCCGAACAAACCCUACAAGCUUCACUACAGGAGCUAAAGCUGGAGCUAAAAGACGAUAUCAAAAACCUUUCCGCACGUAUGUCUGGACUCGAGGCGCAACUUAUGGAAGCGCUCCAGCUGCUCAAAGACAGGAGACCGAGCACAGACUCCCCGCAACCUCUUUUUGAUAUUUCUAGACCGGCUUCACCAGAACUGGAAAAGGAAGAUAUCUUUUCAUGAAUGGUUUUAGUCUUAAGGGACAUCGUGGAUUUCAACGCAAUACUGGGAACUCAGCCUAAGUCCGGUUACAUUGGGAUUACCUGGGCGGCUGAGGCUGCAGUAAUCACUAUGUUCGGGAUUACGGAGCAGGUGUCUGGACUGGUUCAGAGCGAAACCAGAUCCAGAGAUGUUGUAGCGCGGUUUACGAGACGGAACACUAC